AAAAGUGCAGCGGUUGUAGUGUGGUUUUACUGUUUAUCUAAUACGUUUUUAGUGUAAGCAUAUAAAUAUACCCAUCAUGGCCGGAGCGAUGUUAUUCGAGAGGUCGCGCGUCUCGUCGACGAACAGAGACGAGGACGUCCGCAUGACCGACAAAAUGGUUAGCACUGGCGAAGUGCCCGAAGACGACGAAGAGAAUAUACGCGCCAAGGAGCAGGGCAUCCUCAACCUCGGUGAAAAGUACAAGAAGGAAGGCAAGGCCAAGGAACUGGCAGAACUCAUAAAAGCCACAAGACCAUUUCUGAGUCUUAUCAGCAAGGCGAAGGCGGCUAAGUUAGUUCGGUCUUUGGUCGACUUCUUCCUGGAUUUAGAAGCAGGCAUCGGUAUCGAAGUCCAGCUGUGUAAAGAGUGUAUAGAAUGGGCCAAAGAAGAGCGGCGUACGUUCCUCAGGCAAUCCCUGGAAGCGAGACUGAUCGCUUUGUACUUCGACACCAGUAUGUAUACAGAAGCGCUGGAUCUCGCUACUGCCUUGCUUCGGGAACUUAAGAAAUUAGAUGACAAGAAUUUGUUAGUAGAAGUACUUCUGCUAGAGAGCAAAACUUACCACGCGCUAAGUAACCUGCCGAAAGCACGAGCAUCACUGACGUCAGCAAGGACCACGGCAAAUGCCAUUUACUGCCCCCCUAAGAUGCAGGCGGCACUAGACCUACAGUCUGGAAUAUUACAUGCUGCAGAUGAGCGAGACUUUAAAACUGCUUACUCCUAUUUCUAUGAAGCAUUUGAAGGCUAUGAUGGUGCAGAUAGCCCUAAGGCCCUGACAGCAUUAAAAUACAUGUUAUUGUCAAAGAUCAUGCUCAGUCAAGCAGAAGAAGUGGGCACUGUGUGUGGCAGUAAAGCAGCCCUGAAAUAUGCAGGUAAAGAGUUAGAGGCCAUGCGUGCAGUUGCAACAGCCUCUCACAAAAGGUCCCUGGCAGAUUUUCAGGCAGCUCUGAAGACGUACAAGAGAGAGCUUGAGGAGGAUGCAGUGGUUCGGGCUCAUCUUGGUGCUCUUUAUGACACUAUGCUAGAGCAGAAUUUAUGUCGCAUUGUAGAGCCAUACAUGCGUGUACAGGUGGAUCAUGUUGCACGUAGCAUUCGCCUUCCCGUAGUACAAGUGGAGAAGAAGCUCUCACAAAUGAUUCUGGACAAGAAACUUAAUGGUAUCCUGGACCAAGGAGAAGGAGUUCUGAUUGUAUUUGAUGAGUCCCCCCUAGAGAAGACAUAUGAGACUGUACUGGAAACCAUCCACCACAUGAGCAAGGUUGUUGAUACUCUCUACCAGAAAGCUAAGAAACUCUCAUAGGCUUGUGUGUAAAUUGUUGUAGCAUUAAAAAUAUACAAUAUACUUAUAUCAAAAUAAAACAUAAAGUUUCAGUUAAAAAAAUCAUAAAUGAAACUAUUUUUGAAUGGGUGCAAAAUUACAAUAUUCACACAAUAAUUUUGUAAUAUUGCUGCAAUUAGACUGAACAAACUCUUUUUUGUGACAAAUGGAUAAUUUUUGAACUGUGUCAGAAACAAACAGUUCAUUAUUUAUUGCCCACAUAGCAAUGUCUGCCUUUUAGCUCCUUUUGUUAUUGAUAAUGUAUCAUGCAGCAGUUUCAAUUAUCUAUUUACUAAUCCUUAAUUUCAUUUUACAUAUUGUUUUUUAACAUAAGCUAGUGAAAAUUAUAAUAUUCUGUUUUAUUGAGAAAAAUAAAUGAGGUGUUCUCUAAAUAGUGUUG